UCAGCCCCAGUUUUUAAUAAAUCGAUCAUUUCAGAGUUUUUAUAUAGCAAGAGGGUCUUUUGCAAAGCUCCAUGUAUGUGUGAUCUCAUUCAAGUGAUAAAAGAAAAUAUUAAAACUGCUCUAGGAUACCCUGGACCAAAAAAAAAAGUAAAAAAAAAAAACCAAUGAUGAUGAAAUUAUCACAAUUAAAAUAAUAUAAUUAUCCUAAAAAUGUGUAAUAAUAAAAGUGCAAGUGAAAUAUAAUUUCAUAAUUAUAAUUUACAAGUGAAAAAAAAAAAAUAUACUCUUAAUUAUAAAAAUAAAUAAUAAUUCUUUUUUUUUUUUAAAUAUAAACUGUGUUAAAAAUACAUAAAAUAAUCAAUAUUAAGGAAAAAAAAAUAUUAAAAUUAAAAAUGAAUAUUAGUUAUAAUAAUUAUUAAAUAAUGAGUAAUUAAGGUGAUUAAUAUUUGACAAAUUAUAAUGAGAUAACGAACCGAGAAUGAGAUACAAAAGUGGUGACCUCCUCGGUUAUGCAGUCCUUAUGCUCACUUUGCAUCUCAAUGGUCGAGUCGAGGGUGGAGGUGUCUGCAAAGAUUCCCAGGGACAUACAUACAAUACUGGAUUUUUGUACAUUCCAGAGCCUUGUACUGUUUGUGUUUGUGACAAUGGCAGUCCAAAGUGGUGUAAAGCUGUUAUAUGCACUCUAUCACAGAAACCAAUGCCAAAACAAGAUUGUAAAUCAUUUAGAAUUGAUGGUACACCAUGCUGUGAAUUUAUUUGUCUUGAUGAUACCUUGUCAUCUGGUACAAAUGAUAAAUCAGAUGGUAUUGAAAAUUCAUCAGAAACAAGUGCAAAUUAUGAUUUAGGAUUACGUCUUGUUGCCAGUUGUUUUACAGCAAUAUUAUCAUUGAGUUUAUUAUUUUUUCUUAUUCAUCGUUUACGUCAACGUAAAAUACGAGCAGGUAGACAAAAUCGUCAAUUGACUGAUGAUCAACGUACACUUGGAAAUAUGGGAUACCUUGAACGUGGUGGUUUACCUCAUGGUGUACAAAUGGAUGAUCUAGCAUGUGGUGGUGGUUAUCCAUUAUGGAAACCACCAGGUAAUUAUUUUCCACGUGGUGAAGCACCACCACCAUAUGAAGAAGCUGUUGCUGCAGCACGUGCUGAACAAGCAUUAUUAUCAAUGCAACAACCACAUGCAACAUUAUCACCAUUAAAUUUACAAAAUACAUAUUUAACAACACAUACAAUACAUCCAACAGUAACACUUGUAACUGGUAUGCAAAAUACAUUAACAGCAAAUUCACCAACACCAUCAAAUCAUAUACCAAGUCCAUCAUCAUCAUCAUCAUGUGGUACAAGUCGUCAAUUGAGUCAAAUUAAUUCACACUGUCAUCAACAACAAAAUCAUCAACAAAUACAACAAAUUGAUAAUAAUAGUUUAUCAAGUGGUGGUGUUGUUGGUGUUGCUGGUGGUGGUGGUGUUGGUGUUGCUGGUGGUACAAGUGGUUACUAUAACAAUACAAUUGUUAAUACAAAUUACAAUGUUGGCACAAGUACAUAUGAAAAUUUACCAGGACCUAUAACACUAUCAAACAUAGCACCACAACAACAACAACAUACAAAUGUUAAUAAUCACUUUAAUAAUAUAAAUAAUAAUACAAAUAAUAAUAGUAAUAAUAAUAUUACAAAUAAUACAAACAACAAAAAUAAUAAUAAUUUAAAUAAUAAUAGUAAUAAUAAUAUAAAUAAUAAUACAAAUAAUUGUCAUCAAUUACAAUCAACAAUAUCAAAUAAUAUAAAUACUAAAAAUUAUCAUACAACAUUACCAAGACAAGGUUCAGCAUUUACAAUAUCAACAAAUACUGGUAUAUCAACACAUCGUACAAUACCACGUACACUUGCAACAAGUAAUCAUUUACGUAUACGACGUGAUUUAUUGAUAAAUCAAUCAGUAUUAUGUGAUACAAAAAAAAUUAAUAAUAUAACAUCGACAAUUAAUAAAUUACCAAAUUCAGCACCACCAAUUGUAACAUCAUCAAAUAAAUUAUUACAAAAAAAAUUUAACAUUGAAACAUUGAAAGAUUUUAAAUUUAAUCAUUCAAUUAAUAAAAAUGAUGAUGCAUAUUGUAAAAUUGAAGCUGGACCGAGUAAUAUUAAUUCAGCAAUUAAAAAGCCAACACCAUUGAUAUCACGUGCUGGAACAAAUCAAGAUGAAAGUUUCGAUUCGGUAACUUGUCAUUGUAGUAUGCAAGCAUUACCAACAAUGCAUGAUGAUGCUGAUGAUUAUCGUAGUGAAUGUGAAAAUUGUAAAAGUGCAACUGGAUCACGUUAUUAUUUAGAUAAUGAAGAUGAAUUGGUGACAUCACCACAUGAAACAAUGACGUUACAUAGAAGACCUGAAGAAACAACAACAAGUGUUACACCACAAUAUUACAGAACUUCAUUGACACUUCCAACAAGUACUCGUCAACGUACAAGAAGUACUGGUGGAAGAAAUUGGUUCAAUUCAAUGCCUGAAAGUUCAACAGAAUCUUCUGAUGAUGAUUGAUAACUCUGAAAGUCUUCAUUAGUUGCAGAAUUUAAAAUAAAUUUAUGAAAAAAAAAAUAAACUAUUAUAAGAUAAAACUUGCAAUUCGAAAUUCGAAAUAUUAAAAUAAAUAAUUUUAAUAAAAUCAUCAUGAUUUUACAACCAAUAUCAUAAGUGAGUGCCAAAUUGAUUUAUUAUUAGUAAAUUUUAAUUUCAUUUAAGCUUUUUUUAAAUAUAAUAAAUAUAGUCAAUUUUUUUUUAUUGUAGAAAUUUUUUUGUUUGGGUAAAUUUGGCAAAUGCAAUUGUGUGAUUUUUAAGUGGGUAAAUAUAAAAAAAUCCUGUAGAAUCUCUGGGACCUGAUUUAAAUCAUUUUAAUUAUUAAAAAAAAAAAAUAAUUAAACGUCGUCAAGAAUAAUUCUUAUAAAUAUUAUAUCCAUCUAUUUUUAUUUUUUUUUUUGAUAGAUUAAUUGUUUGAAUUUCACGACGAGAAUAGGACGUCUAGUCAUGCGUUAACGAAACAAAUAUAAAUUUAAAAAAAAAAAACAUAAUUACUGUGCAAAUCAAA